CUCGAGGACAGUGAAUGUGCUUCCGGCAUUUUUAAUCACGUACCUUUAUAUCUCGACCAUUAACGUUCAAUGUAUAUGUCAUUCCAGGUGUCUUCAGAACGAUCGUGGUCAUGCCAUCCUUUACCACCUAUCCCAGUGGCCGACUUUGUCAAAACGCCAGACCGACUGAAAGAGAUCCAGAUUUCUUUCCCGCCGACACCAUCAUCCAACUCCUUCGCUCUGGACGAUCCCCGUUCGACCUCGACAACAUCUCCCUGUCAAAAAUUAGACAGGACAUUCACAAAUUGGAGAGUCAUGUCGCAGCAUUCGAUCUCGCAAUAAGGGGUCUCCAAAAGCACAAGAAUAGGGUUAAUCAUAACCUGCGGAUGUAUCAUUCACUUUUCGCUCCGAUACGGCGUCUCCCUCUCGAUGUGCUUAUACACAUCUUCCAGCUCCUUCCCGUUGAUACUAUCGACCCAAACUCUACCCCAUGGAUCCUCGGUCUCGUCUGCUACUCCUGGAGAUCGGUAUACCUCUCCGUCCCAACGCUGUGGUCUAGAAUAUUCAUUGAUAUUCGGGCUGGUGCAGAACUACGUCCGCAGUCUGUAUCCAUGCUCCACACUUCCCUCUCACGCUCUCAACGAUCCCCUCUCACGAUCUCGGCAUCUUAUGACAAUCAGUCCUCUCCGAUCUCUCCAUUCCUAUUCUCCAUACUAGAUCUCCUAAUUUCUCACUUGUCUCGUUGGUCCGUGGUAGAAUUCCACAUACCGCGCCUUUCCUAUCACAUCUUUGAUCGAUUGGGGCCUCUUCCUAUGUUACGGACAAUAAAUGUCACCUUGGAUCCCAGAGUCGUGCCUUUGGGAACGAGAGAUCUUCUGAUGCAUUCCCCGCAGCUUCGCGCUGUAUCAUUGACAGCGAUACCAUUGUCCUCUGUCGACCUGCCAUUAAGCAGGCUUUCCUCACUUGACGGUGUAAUACAGACCCCAGAACACCUUUUUAACAUCCUUAACGAAGCCAAAGGCUUGGAAGCACUUACCAUCUCAUCCUCCAAAUUCCUGUCCGGUCAUCCCAGCUGUGGAACGCUCACCGUUCCGAAUAUCUGCCGUUUACACUUUCGAUCCGUACCAGUACAGGAGAUCUCAAAUAGCCUGCUUUUCCCCAAUCUCAAAUACCUCGUGCUUGGAGCCCAUUCCGGCGCUCAGCCCUACUCUUCCUCAGACAUUCGCAGCGUCGUGAAUAUGAUCGAACGGUCCCAGUGUCCGCUUCGGUCACUGUCGUUAAAUUUCACCGUCUGUCUGUGCUCCAUCGCGGCGAUAUCAUCGAACCUGACACAGUUGAGCAUCAUGGUGGAGAGCUGGGCAGCAUGCGAGACAUUCGUCUCCCUUCGAGUGGGGAAGGAUGGCGGCAGGGACCUGGUGCCGAACCUGGUCGAGUUGCGUAUCACCGACGUGACGUCGAAGUGCGGGGGCCAGUCCUUCACUCACGAACCGUUUGGGCCCAUGAUAGAGUCGCGGUGGAAUGGAGGGCGCUUACGGCGCUUGGAGAUGCAUGUGAAGUACGGAUGGGGAGACCCAUAUUACUCUGAGGUUGUCCGUCGGACGUUAGGGAAGUACGUAGACGAAGGGCUAGAUGUUGUGAUUUUUGACGGAGAAUGUGUUGUGUAACCGUGUAUUGUAUUGCC